AUGGAAGAACUCUCAAGAGAUAUGAUUAAUAAUAUUAAAGAAGCAUAAAUUCUAAAAAGCGAAAAAGAUACAUUGUUAUCAGUAUUAUAAAUGAAAACUUAAGAUGUAAAAAAGACAUUAACAAACGAAUUAGCAAGAAUGGAAGAAGAAAUGAAUAGACAUUUUUCGCAUUAAAAAUAAGAAAACUAAAGAUUAGAUUAUUAAAUAACAUCAUUAAAAGGUGAAAAAACAGCGUUAUAAUAGUAAUUAUUAGGUGUAUAAAGAAGAAUAACUGAAUUAGAAACAUAGGUUGGAAAUGAAGAGAAUGAAUGA